UAAUAUACACAUAGUAGUAUACCCGCUUGGCCCUGAGAUUCUACUCUCUGGCUUCCGCAAACAAACCUGUGGGAGUCUCCUCUCUAUCUGUACCAAUCAUCAAUUUUUUCACUAGGCAGUCUUGUUUGCAUCCUGCAAACACAACACUUAUUUGCUUUCUGGAGUGCCGUUGCAUGGAAGUAUUGGCUACUAAGGCUAGUAGUAAGUAAAGAAGUAAGAGCUUGAUGACUCAAGGAAAAUGAGACUUCUUUCACAUCACUUCAGCUCCAAAGACCUCUUGUCCAUGAUCAGUUGUUCUUCCUCUUGGCUGUCAAAGGCCGAGUCACUGUCUGUCUGGUACAAUUUUAAAUGUCAUUAUCAUACACAACAGUCCGAGCAAGAUAGAAAAUGGAGACAAGCAGAUGAAGAACAUAAACAGAACACGAACCAGGGACCGUCUAUUGGCUCUCCAGCUCGAAUCCAGAAGCUUAUUGCCUCCCAAUCAGAUCCGCUCCUUGCUAAAGAAAUUUUUGAUUUAGCCUCACGAGAACCCAAUUUUCAGCACUACUAUGCCACUUUCCACACCCUCAUCCUCAAGCUUGGCCGUUCCCGCCAGUUCUCCCUCAUGCAGUCCAUCCUCACUUCCCUCAAGUCGCAGCAUUAUUCCGUCUCCCCAUCUCUUUUUUCGCACAUCAUCCAAAUCUAUGGUGAUGCUGGCCUACCUGACAAAGCCCUUAAAACUUUCUAUACUAUCCUGGAAUUCAAUAUGAAGCCCCUUCCGAAGCAUCUCAACCUCAUUCUUGAAAUCCUCGUAACUCACCGGAACUUUCUUCGCCCUGCAUUUGAUCUCUUCAGAUCUGCACAUACAUACGGAGUCUUGGCCAACACUGAGUCCUACAACAUUCUAAUGCGGGCGUUCUGUUUGAAUGAUGAUUUAAGUAUUGCAUACUCGCUGUUUAAUCAAAUGUUUAAGAGAGACAUCAGUCCUAAUGUAGAGUCAUAUAGGAUUCUGAUGCAGGGUUUGUGCCGAAAAAGUCAAGUGAAUACAGCUGUUGACUUGCUGGAGGACAUGUUGAAUAAAGGUUUUGUUCCCGAUGCUUUAAGUUAUAGUACUCUAUUGAACAGCUUGUGUCGGAAAAAGAAAUUUAAGGAGGCUUACAAGCUUCUUUGCAGAAUGAAAGUAAAGGGUUGCAAUCCUGACAUUAUCCAUUACAAUACAGUAAUUCUGGGGUUCUGUAGAGAAGGUCGUGCUGCUGAUGCCUGUAAAAUCCUCGAGGACAUGCCAUCAAAUGGGUGUAUUCCCAAUUUGGUUUCAUAUAGGUCAUUAGUUGGGGGUCUAAGCGAUCAGGGAAUGUACGAUGAGGCUAAGACUUACAUGGUGGAAAUGAUGUCAAAAGGGUUCUCUCCACAUUUUUCUGUUGUUCAUGCAGUUGUGAAAGGUUUCUGCAACCUAGGUAAAAUUGAGGAAGCUUAUGGAGUAGUGGGGAGUAUUUUGAGGCACGGUGAACCCCUACAUACAGAUACAUGGGAAGUAAUCAUAUCCAGGAUCUUGGAAUGGGAUACUGCUGAAAAAAUUGGGAAUAUCUUGGAGGAACUUAUUAGAGCUGAGAUAAAACCUGAAACGAGAAUAGUGGAGGCUGGCGCUAGGUUGGGUGAAUAUUUGAUGAACAGGGUAAAAAGUAAAUCAAGGAAAGGUUGAUCAUUUCACAAGAAUACGUCCUGUGAAGCUGCUCAAAACCUGCUAUAUACACGAAAAGCAUGUUUACCUCGGAAGAUAGCAAAUGCACAUGACAGCUUUUGUGCCUUUUUCAGGUUUGUAGAAUUCUUUUCGCGGCGUAAGAGUUGUUGAUCCCAUAGACUUGAGUCUUGACAAAUCAUGUUGAAGUUCUCAACAUUAUGCCUACGAGUGGAGCAACUUUGACAGAAGCAGAAAUGUAGAGACACUGAGUAAUUUACUAACCUGUCAUCUUCAAUGUCAAGUUAGGUUGGUUCAGUGUCAUCGAAUAUCUCUCAGUGUAGAACUUUUUUGACUGUAGCUUCUAUUGGUACUUUGGUAUUAUGUUAUCAACAGUUGUGGAAAAGGAGAUUUGUCAUCUACUGUAUAUGUAUUAAAGAAAAAAAGACUUGCUAUAUAUGAUGUGAUUUUCUGGCGAA